GGAAGAAGAGGAGGAUGGCCGUGGAGGCGCAGGCAGAGCAGGAGCUGAGCACGGAGAGCAGCGAGGACAAAUCCCCGCGGCAGAACCUCGUGCAAGAGGCCGUUGGCAGCGGCUCCACGGCGCAGGAACGCAACGGGGAGGAAAAGCCCCGCAGAUCCCACACCAGGAGGGGCUGCAAACGCACAGCCCGGGGAUCCCAGCAGGAAAGAGCCAGCCCGGGCCGGGGAGGCGGCCGCAGCUCGGAGCUGGGGCUCCAGGAGCAGCUUCACGAUGCGGAGAAGCCCCACAAGUGCUCGGAAUGUGGGAAGGGGCUCAGGUCGAGAUGGGAUCUGAUCAAUCACCAGAGAAUCCACACGGGGGAACGGCCCUACGAGUGUGAGGAGUGUGGGAAAAGAUUCGCAGUGAACUCAAGCCUGAUUGUCCACCAGAGAAUCCACACUGGGGAGAAACCCUAUGAGUGUGGGGAGUGUGGGAAGAGAUUCACAUUGAGCUCAAGCCUGAUCCUACACAAAAGGAUCCACACCGGGGAACGGCCCUACAAGUGUGGGGAGUGUGGGGAAAGAUUCAGCCAGAGGUCAAGCCUGAGAACACACCUGAAGAUCCACACUGGGGAGAGGCCCUACGAAUGUGAUAAAUGCAGGAAGAGGUUUCAGAGCAGAUCCUGUCUCCUCGGGCACUAUCGCACUCACCUGGAUGAGAGGCCUUAUGAGUGCCCUGACUGUGGGGAGGCCUUCAAGCACAACUCCAGCCUCAUCAUCCACCGGCGCACCCACACUGGGGAGAGGCCCUACGAGUGUGAUAAAUGCAGGAAGAGGUUUCAGAGAAGCUCCCAUCUCCUCCGUCACUAUCGCACUCACAUCGAUGAGAGGCCUUAUGAGUGCUCCGAAUGCGGGAAGGGUUUCAAGCAAAACUCUGCCCUCAUCACCCACCAGCGCACCCACACCGGGGAGAGGCCCUACGAGUGUCCCGAGUGUGGGAAGAGCUUCUCCAGUAGCUCUAACUUGACCGAAAACCAACGGAGUCUCCACUGAGGGAAGCCCUGCGAGUGCCCCGAGUGCGGGAAGAGCUUCGUGCGCUGCUCCAGCUCCAUCCCCCAUGGCAGGAUCCGCGCUGGAUGAUCCCCAGUGAGCCCCGGUGGGCAGAGCCCCGCUGAGCCCUGGUGCCGCUGAUCCGUGUUGGGAACACACCUGGCUGGGGGCUCCACGUCCUCCUGCUCCCAUCCCAGUCCACAUCCCAUUCCCAGUCCCAUAUUCCCUGUCCUGUUCCAUUUCUUGUACUCUUGCUCCCUCUCCCAUUCCCAUGUUUGAAUUUCUAUAUUUCCAGUCCCACUUCCCAUA